AGAGAGGGGGAAAUGUGGACUCUUUGUGAGUUCAGGGGUAAGUGAAUAAUGUGUUAAGGAGCAGGGGCAACAGUGGUGCACGUGGCUUCUCUGCGAGGAUUACCCCCGGCUUAGAAGUUAAAGCCAUUCCCUGAUUGGUCUUCCUGAAGGCAUGCCAUGCACUUCCAGCUCAACAAGUCGCUCGCUGGGAUUUACACUUUUUUUUAAGGAUGAGAGUCAGUGGUCAGAAUGUGCAGCCGAUUGUGCUCGGAGUCCUGAGUGUGACCUCCUGAACAUGCCACAGGUGGGGAAGUUUGAUGUCAACUGAAGGCAGCAGCAGCAGCAGCAGCAGCAGUAUUGGGCACAGAUGGGGCUUUCCAAAAGGCCGCGGCUGUUGGACUUUGCUAAAACCCCUGCCCACCUUCAGUUCAACAAGUAUGUGCUAACGGGCUACAGGCCAGUGUCCACGGCUCAGGAGUGUCUCAGGAGCCUCUUCUAUGUGCACAAUGAGCUGGGAAACAUUUAUACCCAUGGCGUUCCCUUUUUACUCUUCCUGGUGCUGCUGCCGUUUAGCAUCCCCUGGGCGGAGGUGGAGAGCAUCUGGAUCUGUGUGGUCCACUAUCUGGCCUGCCUGUCACCCACGAUGGGCUCUGUGGUCUAUCACGUCUUCAUGAACCACAUGGGAGGUGAACACGUGUACGACACCCUGCUCUCUAUAGACAUGUUCGGGGUCUGCCUGGUCAACACCCUCGGAGCACUUCCCAUCAUUCACAUCACCUUGCUUUGCUAUCCAAGCCUGCAGUGGGCGGCCAUAUUGGCCUACGUCCUCCUGUCAACCUACGGGAUCUACUGCGCCACCACGGCACGCACCAACAUUCUGCGCCUGCGAGCUUUCGUCUGGCAGGCUCUGUUUCGCUUCAGCCUCUUCCUGUUCCGGGUGUACGGCGGUGGCGUUGGCAGCCCGAACUCGCUGCGUCUUUUUAUCAUCAUGGACACGCUGGCCGUACUGGGAGGACUGGUGAACAUCGUACAGAUCCCCGAGCGCUUUGGCCCGGGCCUGUUUGAUAACUGGGGCAACAGCCACCAGAUAAUGCACGUCAUGGUUAUCUGCUCCAUCGUAUACCUGCACUGGGGGACAGUGGAGGACUUAGACUGGAUCAAGAACUACAGGUGCCCGGCACUUUAAAACCCAUUUUGGCAUUGACGAAACCAUUUACGUAGCAAGGCUAUUCAAGCUAUUCAAGUUCAAAUGUCUUUUCCCAGAGACAUGGUGGCAUUCGAAAAGCACAGCUUCAGUGGCGUACCAUGUAUUCCUCACCUCAGCGGUGUCCUACCGAAAUAAAUCCACAUUCUAAUAACUUCAUCACGUCUACAGAAACCAUCGAUGUCAUGCAGGAAAGCAGCAAAACAAAUCGUUAGCUAUCCUAGCUAACUCAUGUAGCCAUAAUAACAUUAAAACGUUCGACUACUGUACACAAAAUCCACAGAG